AUGAGCUCCGAGAAACCCAAGAAACCUCUUUCGAAACUCCAGCGACGCAUCCAGGCCGGACUGGCCGGUGCUAGUUCCACAUCCGCCUCCUCGAUACAACCAAAAACAACAACCACAGGCGAAUCAGGACCGAUGGAAAUUGUCGAGACAACUCUUCGUGCGGGAGUCGAUUCACCAUCAUCAUUAGCUCGAGAUUUCUCAUUCUUACCCACCCCUCCGAGCCUCUUUGCACCGCCCUCAAAGUUUGCCAACGCCCUCCCCCGUCCAGAUCGACAAUCAAACCAGUCUUUCUUCUCUUUGCCUAAGGAUCUCUUUCUUCAACCUUGUCUACCCAACGCUUUUGACGGCCCAAGUCCGGAUGAUGAAGUCUUGAUUGCGCGUCAAGGAAGCUCGCUCGCUCAAUUCUUAAUUACCGGUUUUGCAAUCCUACCAUCUCGAAAACGCAAUCCAACCCUAACCACUGCACAUGUCAUCGCGCAUUUAACACCACGUCCUCCUGCUCUGAUGUACUGGCUACCGUUGGAACAAGUCCACUACACCGCUCACGCACCAGAACGUCAACUGAGGCUUUGCAAACCUAACCUUCUGAUGCGAAACCGCUUAAGGAACCGAACGAGUCACACAGAAGUAAACUCGAAUGCCAAGCGUAAUCAUCUGCUUCGUCUCGACGAUCGAAUUCGGGAGAGCAGAGGCGAGACGAUGAAUCAAGGGCGCCAAUCAAAUAGAGGGUAUUUCAAGUCGACCAACUUUGGCGACAGUCCGGCACUGAGCUUGCCAUUGGUCUUAGAGAUCACGGAUGAGGAUCCAAUGCCAAGUUGUCCAUUGGCUAACUCUCGAUAUGCAACCGUUAGAGAAAUCGGUGGUAUCGUAUAUCUGUUUCAAAAGACUGUUGAGCGUGCACACUCGCCCGCGAAUCUCUGGGAAAAAACACGACUAUCGACUAAUUACGCCAAGGCACUUGAACAAAUCGAUAGCUCUCUAAUCUACUGGCCUGAUUACAUGAUUCACCGGUGUAAACAGCGAUUGACAAAGAUUACUCAAUAUCUGAUCAAGAUUCGAAGACUAAAGAACAAAGAACUGCCUCAAUUGGUUGCGAUCAAGUCGAAAACCGAGCGGCGUGAACGGGCCCGAGAAGCUAAAGCCUUAUCAGCCGCCCGAUUAACCAAAACGCUCGAAAAGGAGUUGAUCGGUCGAUUAAAAUCCAAAACUUAUGGUGACGCACCUCUGAACGUCAAUGAGGACGUCUGGAGAUCGGUCCUGGAAGGCGAAAAACGGAAAGAACUGGAACAAGAGAACGAGUUGGAACUGGAGGAUGAGGAAACUGAUGAAGAGAGUGAUGACGAAGAAGAGGAGGAAGAGCGGGAGUUUGUGAGCGAUUUAGAGGAAAGUGAUCUGGAAGAUAUGGAGGACUGGGAUGGGCUAAGUGACGAUGAUGACGAGGAAGAGGCGGACAGUGCAGACAGUGACGCGUCCGAUGAUGACGCUGAGGGUCUUGAUCUCAAUAUCGACAAGGGAUCAUCAUCCAAGAGAAAGGCUAACCAACAACCAAGCCAACCCGCCCAGAAGAAAAUCAGGCCAACCAACCCACAAGAUCCCAAGACAAAGAAGAAAAGAAAGCCGCGUAUGGAGAUCGAAUACGAAGAAGAACAGGAAUGGUUGGGUACACAGGUCUAG